UAAUUAACAAAACCUAUCGCUAAAAGGAAAAUAAAUUGUGACUAUAAAAUAGUAUUGUAGUUUCAUCCAAGCCAAGCCGUCGUUCAUCAUCACAAACAGAAACAGUAGUAGCAAUGGAGAGGUGUAAGAAGCUCGAGAGUGAGUUCCAAGUUUACUUUGAUCUUCAUACCAUGUUUGACUAUAACACAAUUCAAGACCUACCAAACACACUUCCACUUCAAUCUCAAUUUGCCACAGGAUUCGAUCAAUUUAUGCUCCAUUAUAAAGGUGCCAUCAUCCGUUCAAUCCGAGUAAAAUUUCCAUUAGGUAAUGAACAUAGGGAUGCCAUUGAUAGAUUGAUCUCCAAAGGAAUUGCUUGCUAAGGGGGUCAAACGAAUUGAACUUCUCUUGUCAUCUGAAACAAAUGAUACCGGCUAUGAAGCACGGACACUCAUCGGAUUAGGCGUGUCCCGGUGUCGGACACGUGUCGUGUCUGACACGACACCGACACUUGUAUUUACACUGCAUUAUGUGAUUUUUUCAAAUUAUUAGCUGGGUCGCCGUGUCAGUGUCCGUGUCGUGUCCAGUGUCCGCAUCCGUGCUUCAUAGGAUACCGGUGAUUCUAUUUCGCCAUACAAAUUUCCCCUUACUCUUUUAUCUGACUAUGAUUCUCCGACAUAUCUGCACCUACAAAAGUGCCUCCUAGUAGAACCUCUGGAUUCAAAAAUUUGAGAAUUCUUGUGUUGCAUCUAGUUUAUGUGACGCGGAAAUUGCUUCAGAGUCUGUGCUCCAAUUGCACACAUCUUGUAGACUUGACCCCUUGAUGGUUGUCAGUUCGCUUCUAGCUUGAUAAUAAACAGUUCAACAUUGCUUCAUUUGAACAUUUGAAUAUGAUUGGUUGUGGUUGGGCGAAUGAUUCUCCUUCUGAGUUAGCUAUUGAUGCAUUGAAUCUCUCAUCCUUUGAAUAUAGUGCUUACACCACGAGGAUAAUUUCUUUUACGGCCCCAAGAUUAUUGAAGGUUUUCUGGAAUACAGCUCUGAGAAAGACAACACCAGACCUCUUCGAUCCGAUUGCAAGAUUACCACAUAUUGAGAAUUUAGCUGUGAACAUCAGCACUUCACAGAUAAAGGAAUUAACGAAGGUCUUGGUUCGAUUUCAAAAUCUUAGACAAUUGGACUUACUUAUUGAGGGAGCAUAUGAUCGUAGUAGGGACUAUUUUUGGAUUUUAGAUAUUGCAAUGGCUUCUCAGCAUCUCCAGAAACUUUCUCUGACAAUUAAAAAUCUACAUCCGGAACAUUCACAUAUAGUUGGAUUUAUGAGGCAAAAAAGAGAAUGUACAGGGUUUUCUCAUACCAAUUUGAAAUAUGUGGAAUUUCGUGGUUGUGUUGGCUCCAUAAAUGUUGUUGAGUUAGCUAGUCACCUAUUGAGGAGUGCAACUUCGCUUGGAAAAAUGACUUUCAGUUCUCGUGACAAAGCCUAUAUUGGAGCUGGUAGAGAUGGACCAGAGACACUAAUGAUCGUGACAGAUACUAUAUAGGUGCUCGUAGAUGGAUUAAUUACUGUGGUGGUGGUUGUUGGUUUGGAGAGAAUGUUAUUCACGAGAUGCUUAAAGAUGAAGUAAAUGAACAAUGACAGCUUAUAAUUUUAUAGUGUUCAUAAAUCCAUUUUUGGUAAUGGAAGGAAAAGAGAAAAAAUCGUUACCUCAAAUGUCCAAUAUGUUAAAUUCACAACUUUUUGUAAUGCAAAAGUUUACAAAGUCAUACAUGAGUGAUCCCUUGUAGGUUGUGAUGUUAAUCCUAUUAUCAUGUACUUCCUUCUAAAACUUCCUCUAUAUGACUUCUACUUUCACA